UCCUAUUCCUUCCCCAGGGGCAGACACUAGCCACGGAGACCAGAGCUGCCACCCCCAAUGAGGCCUGCUGUGCUGGGCUCCCCAGGCCACACACCCCCAGAAAAUGAGGGGCCUAUCAUGGUGAAGCUGGAGGACUCUGAGGAAGAGGGUGAAGCUGCCCCAUGGGACCCAGGCCCUGAGGCUGCACGCCUGCGCUUCCGGGGCUUCUGUUAUGAGGAGGCAGCAGGACCCCAAGAGGCCCUGGCCCAGCUCCGAGAGCUGUGUCGCCAGUGGCUGCGGCCAGAGGUGUGCUCCAAGGAGCAAAUGCUGGAGCUCUUGGUGCUGGAGCAGUUCCUGGGUGCACUGCCCCUCGAGAUCCAAGCCCAUGUGCAGCGGCAGCAACCAGGCAGCCCUGAGGAGGCUGCUGCCCUGGUAGACCAGCUGCGCCAAGAGCUGGGCGGGCCUCGGAGAUGGGUCACAGUCCAGGUGCAGGGCCGGGAGGUCCUAUCAGAGAAGAUGGAACCUUCUGGCUUCCAGCCCCUACCUCAAACUGAACUUCAAACUCCAGAGCCUGGGCCAGAGACACCUCCUGGGACCAUGCAGGAAUCACCGCUGGGCCUUCAAGUGAAAGAGGAGCCCAAGGUUACAGAGGAACCAGAGCCCCUGGAAUCUGGUCCUCUAGCUGCCACUGAGGAAUCUGCACCCCCCCUCCUGCCUGAAGAGGCCCAGGACUGUGGGACGGUUCUGGACCAAGCCUUUCCCCACAGCAAGACUGGGCCUGAGGGGCCCUCGUGGAGGGAGUACCCCCAGCCCCUGUGGCAUGAAGAAGCUGGGGGCAUCUUCUCUCCAGGGUUUGCACUCCAGAUGGACAGCGUCUCCACGGGCCUGGGUAAUGUAAGCCCCCACCUCCACAUCCCAUGGGACGUCAGCGUGGCUGGCCUCUCUGGCCGAAUUCAGUCACCCUCCUGCGAAGGGAACUUUGCGCAUGCGCUCCCGCUCCCCAGCGGCCCAAGAAGUGAGCAGGACCUCACAGACGAGGAUCCUCGCCGGGGCGUCGGCCCUGCGCUGGUCACGGCCCGCUGGCGCACCCCCAGGGGCCGGAGCAGGGGCCGGGGCCGCCCCAGCACUGGUGCUGGGGUGGCUAGAGGCGGCCGCUGCGACGUGUGUGGCAAGGUGUUCAGCCAGCGAAGCAAUCUGCUUAGGCACCAGAAGAUCCACACAGGCGAGCGGCCGUUCGUCUGCGGCGAGUGCGGCCGCGGCUUCAGCCGCAGCUCGCACUUGCUGCGCCACCAGCUCACCCACACCGAGGAGCGGCCGUUCGUGUGCGGCGACUGUGGCCAGGGCUUCGUGCGCAGCGCGCGCCUGGAGGAGCACCGGCGCGUGCACACAGGAGAACAGCCCUUCCGUUGCGCAGAGUGCGGCCAGCGCUUCCGGCAGCGCUCCAACCUGCUGCAGCACCAGCGCAUCCACGGCGACCCCCCGGGCCCCGGCGCCGUGCCCCUGGCCCCUCCCGGCGCGCCCGAGCCCCCGGGCCCUUUUCCGUGCCGCAUCCACACCGGCGAGCGGCCCUUCGCCUGCGCCGAGUGCGGUAAGGCCUUCCGCCAGCGGCCCACGCUCACGCAGCACCUGCGCGUGCACACGGGCGAGAAGCCCUUCGCCUGCCCCGAGUGCGGCCAGCGCUUCAGCCAGCGGCUCAAGCUCACGCGCCACCAGCGGACACACACCGGCGAAAAGCCCUACCACUGCGGCGAGUGCGGCCUGGGCUUCACGCAGGUCUCGCGGCUCACCGAGCACCGGCGCAUCCACACCGGCGAGCGGCCCUUCGCCUGCCCCGAGUGCGGCCAGCGCUUCCGGCAGCACGCCAACCUCACGCAGCACCGGCGCAUCCACACAGGCGAGCGGCCCUACGCAUGCCCGGAGUGCGGCAAGGCCUUCCGCCAGCGGCCGACGCUCACGCAGCACCUGCGCACGCACCGGCGCGAAAAGCCCUUCGCCUGCCAGGACUGCGGCCGCCGCUUCCACCAGAGCACCAAGCUCAUCCAGCACCAGCGCGUCCACAGUGCCGAGUAGCUGUGGCCAGGCCACACCGCAGCCACCCUGGUAGGGACCCUACCUCGCAGGGUUGUUGUGAGGACGGCGAUCACGUGGGUACGAACAGGCCCGUCCAGGGCCUGAACCAAAUAGGUGCUCAAUAAACAGUAGAUGGAAACUGGGUCUCCA